AUGCCUAUUUUAUGUGAUAUUGUUCUUUUUAAUCCUGUUCUUAAGCGUGCUGUACCUGCUCGAUGUUAUCGUGCUUUUGGCUCAGAUACUGCCGAGCGGUUUUCCAUAUUGUUUGACCAAUUUAUUUCUUAUCCUCCUGAGUUGUCCAUCUCAGAUGGAUUAGUUUCUUGUUUGGAUUCUGCUUGUAAAUCUGUCCUCGACGCUGUCGCUCCUUUUAUAUUCAGACAAUGCAAGCCAAAGGCUAGUCCUUGGCUAACUGAUUUUACCAGAGCCGCUAGAAAAGAAUGUAGAAGAUGUGAAAGACGGUGGAAAAAAGAUAGGCUGUGCGUCUCUAUGGAAGCUCUUAAGACUAGCUGGAAAGUCUAUCAGAGAGCAGUAAAGGCUGCCAAGCACUCCUAUUUUUCUCAACUUAUUGCUGCCAGCUCGCAUAACCCUCGUGUUCUAUAUAACACUAUAAAUUCUGUACUUAAUCCGGAAGGCUAUAUUCUUUUGCACUCUUCUGCGGUUAUGUGCAAUAAGUUUCUUAAUUAUUUUGUGGAAAAGGUUGCUAGUUUGAGACCUCCGACUCUACCUAUUGCUGACCCAGCCAUGCAUGGUUCUUGCUCAAGUCUGUUCUCUGCUUUUCUACCAAUUGUUUUAUGGCUUGACUGCCUUACUGAUGUCAAAGCAUGGAUGGCAAAAAACUUUUUAAAUUUUAAUGAUCGGAAGACAGAAGCAAUUUUAUUUGGCCCAAAUCGUUCUUCUCAUAUUCUGGAUGUUGAUCUUGCAGCUUUGACUUCCCAAUUAAAGAGUUCGAUCACAAAUCUCGGAGUUAAAAUUGAUUCUGCACUCACCUUUGAUGACCAUGUAAACGGGGUGGUAAAAUCAGCAUUUUAUCACCUCAGACGUGCUGCGGCAGGAUUUUUAACUGGCAGAAGAAAAUUUGAUCACAUCCCUCCGAUUUUGGCCUCUUUACACUGGCUUCCAAUUGAAUUCAGGAUCCGUUUUAAAGUCCUCUAA